AUGUUGCUCGCUUCUUUGGCUUCUGAACCAGACAAACACGGUAGUUUUUGGGAUCAUCGACAGCGAAUCAAGACAUCCAACAACGAUUUUUUCCAUGUGGACUACAAGUAUCAUUCCAGGGAUGGAACUACCUCCAGUAAGGGUCUCGUGGUAAUUGUCCAUGGCCUACAAUCCAAUUCCAAUUCAUCACUGUCAGUGGAUAUGGGAAGAGCAUACAUCAGACAAGGGUUUGACUGUGCUUGUAUCAAUUUCAGAGGUUGUUCAGGGGUGCCCAAUGCUGGACUUCGCGCAUACCAUCUGGGUUUCACCGAUGAUCUGAAGCAAUACCUAUCCUUAUUGAAUAGCGGCGUUGAAAAGCCGCCACCCAUUUUUGUUAGUGGAUUUUCGUUGGGAGCAAACGUUGUGCUCAAAGCGUGGGGUGAGUUGGGCAUGUCAGCCUACGAAGACUACAAUGUAUACGGAGCAGCAGUCUGUGGGGCUCCGUUUGAAAAUGAACGGAAUGUCAACUGUGUUCAGAAGGCAGGUUUUAACAAGCUCGUUUACAAUGGAUCGCUUCUGAAGUCUUUGAAGACAACCGCUCUUAAUCAACUGGAACGAUAUCCCGACUCGGAGGAAGCCCAGCUGCUGUGCUAUGACGAAAUUGCAAACUCGGAAGAGAUCUCAGCGUUUGAAAAUGCUGUGAUAGCGCCCCUCUUUGGGUUUGAAGACAAUAUUGACUAUUACAGAAAGACUGAUUGCGUUCAGUUCCUGGACCGCAUCCGAGUACCAACAAUUGUUAUCAAUGCGGCCGAUGACCCAUUCUUUGACCCAAACUUCUUUCCGUUUGACAAGGGCUGCACUUCCAAAGAAGGACGGGAAAAGAGAAGCGCUGUAAGAUUGGUUAGGACGAAGUACGGAGGGCACUUGGGCUACAUGUUCCAUCAACGAGAGGAUGACACCAGAGAGCAAGAAGGACGGGACGAGGUGUCCUUUAUGCCAGGCGAACUCUCUAGGUUUAUUCAGCAUGUUUGGGAGAGACGAACCUCACUUAUGAAGAGAUAA